CAGUAGAAAGUUUAGUAUACACACGUUAUACAAACACACUUAGUUACACAUUUACUCCCAUAUCAAGCAGAUUUAUAUUAUUUUCACAUUUCAAUUUACGUUCUACAAUAUAAAAAAAAAUCAAACUAAAUAACAUUUGUAUAAAUUAGCAUAUAAAACAAUAUUCGAAUAAUAGAAAUAUAGGAUUGAUUUUUUUGUUGUUGCUCGCCCAUAAGCUGAAGGAAGAACAAAGGACAGUUUAAGCGCAAUAUUUGCCAAUUUGUGUUUUUAUGGAGAUUUAAACAUCAACAGUUUGUGUAGCUUUUUGUGCGUUUGCUCGUCUAACUAAUCAAUUAAUUUGAAGUGAAUAGCAAUUAGAGAGCUCAUUGCACCGAUGAGCAUUCACCAAACAACAAUAACACCAGCAUUCAUCAACAUCCACGAAUUCCGACGUGAAAACAAAUAAACAAACAGCAACAGCGAAAAAGAAACACAUUUAAUAAUCAAAUCAUAAACCGUUUGAACCAAAAUCGAAAAAUAGUGUUGUGUUUUGUGUGAGUGUAUUUGUAUUCCGAAAAAAAAGAAAAAAAGAAGCAAGAACAUUGACAUCCAAACCUGGAUGACUUCUGUGUGUAAUGGCAGACAAAAAAAUGAAAGGAAAUAUCUAUAAGAUGUCUCGUAAUAAAGACAGAUAUGAAAGUAGUAACAAUCGGAGGCAACAAAUCUUUAUGUCACAAGAGGAUGUGGCUGCAGGACGAAAGUCCAACUGGACUGGUGUUGAAAUAACUGGCAAUGUACGCAAUGUCAGUCCCACUCUAUGGCAAUUCGAACAUUUGACAGCGUUAUAUCUUAACGAUAACAAUUUACUACGACUUCCUAGCGACAUUGGUCAAUUAAUCAAUUUACGUACAUUGGAUCUAUCCAGUAAUAAAUUGAGAAGUUUACCGGCAGAACUAGGCGAGUUAAUCCACCUGAGAGAAUUGCUGCUUAAUAACAAUUUACUGCGGGUUUUACCGAAUGAAAUCGGUAAAUUGUUUCACAUUCACAUUUUGGGACUACAUGGAAAUCCAUUAAACAAAGAACUUAUAUCAAUCUACAAUGAGCCGAAUGGAACGCAAAAAUUGUUAACGUUCUUACUCGAUCAUCUACCGUCGACGAUGAAUGUUCCACCACCUCAACGGCCUUGGAUUCCACUUGCCAGACCAAAUCGAACUAGACCGGCAUUCAUAUUUACGGUGAUGUGUUAUAACGUCUUGUGUGAUAAAUAUGCCACCCGACAAAUGUAUGGAUAUUGUCCGAGUUGGGCGUUAAGUUGGGAGUACCGGAAAAAAGCGAUUUUGGAUGAGAUCCGUCAUUAUUCAGCCGACAUAAUUAGUUUGCAGGAGAUUGAAACGGAUCAAUUCUAUAAUUUCUUUAAAAUUGAGUUGAAAAAUGAUGGAUACGAUGGCAUUUUUUCACCGAAAUCACGAGCAAAAACGAUGGGUGAAAAUGAGCGCAAAUAUGUUGAUGGUUGUGCAAUUUUUUUCCGUGCAGCAAAGUUUACCCUGAUCAAAGAUCAUUUAAUCGAGUUCAAUCAACUUGCUAUGGCAAAUGCUGAAGGAUCUGAUAAUAUGUUGAAUCGCGUGAUGCCAAAAGAUAACAUCGGUUUGGCCGCUUUGCUCAAAAUCAAAGAAUCCGCAUGGGAUGGUCUAAAACCAGAGGAAGCACAUAUCACGCAACCGAUACUUGUUUGUACCGCUCACAUUCAUUGGGAUCCAGAAUUUUGUGAUGUCAAACUUAUUCAAACGAUGAUGUUGAGCAACGAACUAAAAACGAUAUUGGAUGAUUUAAAUCAUAGCCUUCGUUCACCGCAUAAAUAUGACGCGAACAAUGUUCAAUUAUUGUUGUGUGGUGAUUUUAAUUCAUUGCCGGAUUCGGGUGUUAUUGAAUUUUUGAGUUCGGGCCGUGUAUCAAUGGAUCAUCAAGAUUUUAAAGAGCUCGGCUACAAAUCCUGUUUGCAACGAUUACUCGGUGCCGAUUCAUUAAACGAAUUUACGCAUCCAUUUAAAUUGGCAUCCGCAUACAGUGAAGACAUCAUGCCGUACACCAAUUAUACAUUCGACUUUAAAGGUAUCAUUGACUAUAUUUUCUAUUCAAAGAACGGAAUGGUGCCACUUGGUUUGCUUGGUCCAUUGUCCAAUGAAUGGUUGCGUGAGAGUAAAGUUGUCGGCUGUCCACAUCCACACAUACCAUCCGAUCAUUUUCCGUUGCUCGUUGAGCUCGAAUUAAUGCAUUCAACCAAUUUACAACCACCGAAUGGUCUUCGAAGAUAGCGAUAGAAAAACAACAACAGCAACAACAACAGCAACAGCAACAUCAGAACAUAAAUCAUACACACAACUCAUACGCACCAAUUGAACGACCAUUGGAUUGAUAUAAAUUAUAUUGAUGAUACAUUUUGUACCAGUUGCAUCAACAACAACAGACAAAACCAAUUAAAAUUUUCGUUUGAAAACAAACAAUGAUUUAAAUCAAAUUUUAUGUGAAACAUAGUGUUUCUUUUGUGUCGAAUAUUGGUAUUAUGGAAUGAAAUAUAUGACUAAGAACAAAUUCUAGAUGGAAAAAGAGAGAAAAAAAAGAGAAAAACCAAACUGAAAUUGUACAACAAGUGAAACAAAAACUAAAAAAAAAAACUUAAACAACAACAAAUUGUAAGAAAACCAUCGGAUCAUAUAGACAAAGCACAUUCACAAUUGUUUUGCAUAAGUCAAAAAAGUAAUGCCAACACAAAAAAUACACAUAAAAAAACAACAUCAACAGGCUGAAACGCUAAUUUAGAAUGUCUUAAUUGUUUAAAAAAUGCACAUAGAUCAUUGCUUUAGCAUGUAAUAUUGUAAACAUCAUUGAAUUUUAAACUGUUGUGUCCCUGCCCAAAAAACUGUCUAUUUGGAUUCGAACUGUUUUUUUUUUAAGAUAAAAUUUGCGCAAAUAAUAUUUGACGCUAAAUAAUCACA